AUGGCUCUGCCCGUUCUCAAAUCCGUCAAGGAGUGCGGUGACUACUCCAAGACAGUGGAACCGUUCAUUCCUCAAUUGUAUGACUUGCCAUACCGAGUGUUGGACAAUGUCGGCAGCAUCGACGGCCUCCUGAGUGUGUAUACCGAUACAAACCCGCUCAUCACGGCCUUUGGAGCAUCGGUGGUACUCAGUUCCAUCUUUCUGGUGGUCUCAGAGAUCAACCGCAACUACUCACAGGUCGACCGCUUGUGGAGCUUGUUGCCCAACCUCUACAUCGUCCACCUGGCCGUCUGGGCACGUCUUGCAGGAGUAUCGCACAGCCGUAUCGAUCUGGUCGCUACAUUCUCGACCUUGUGGAGCGCCCGGUUGACUUACAACUACUGGCGGAAAGGCGGCUACACUGUUGGAUCCGAGGAUUAUAGAUGGGCCGUCCUCCAAAAGUACGUGCCCAGGUUUGUCUGGUUCAUCUUCAAUCUCGCAUUCAUUUCCUCCAUCCAGACCGUCUUGCUGUUCUCCAUCUCCUGCAUUCCGGCCUACGCUAUCCUGCUGUCAACGCAGUUUGACGAGGCGAUCACGACUGCCGAUCUAUCCUACUUUGCCAUAGAGCUAGUGCUUGUCCUAAGUGAAUGGUUCAGUGAUGGCCAGAUGUGGAACUACCAGACUGCCAAGCACAAGUACAAGGAAAAUGGGAAGAUCCCAGAAGGCUUCCACAAGAAGGAUCUGGACCGCGGCUUCAUAACCUCGGGCCUGUUUGCAUACAGCCGCCACCCCAACUUCCUCGCUGAGCAAACCGUCUGGUUUGCCCUGUACCAGUGGAGCUGCUACGCUACCAACAACUUCUACAGCUGGACCGGCAUCGGCAGCGGCGCCCUCAUGCUCCUGUUCCAGGGAUCUACCUGGUUGACGGAGCUCAUCACGGCACAGAAAUAUCCCGAGUAUAAGUACUAUAAAUCCCAAGUCGGCAUGUUCGUCCCCACAUCCAUCAGCGGCUACAAGGGACCUACGCCCAAAGUCAUCCGCACCAGUGAGCUAGGCAAGCGCCAGGAGGAGAAUGAGAAGCAAAAGUAA